GGAGCGACGGCGGCGGGACCCAACGCCCGGCGGGGCGGGCCGGGCCGGGCCGGGCCAUGGCGAGCGGGGCGCGGGGCGCCUGGAGCGAGUGGCCCGUGGAUCACUUCCUGCGCUCCGGGCACAUCGCGGCCAGGGACGGGGCCGCCGUGCGCUGGUUCCACGCCGCCAACAGCCGGGCCCGGGCCGCGGAGGCCGCGCGAAGCGAUGUGCACAUGGUGGAGGUGGAUGUUGUCCUCCGGGGAGGGGACAGGGACCCCAUCCUGGCCCACCCCCCGGACACUGACAGCGACAUCACCCUGCAGGAGUGGCUGGCACAGAUGGGCAGCACCAACAAAGGCAUCAAGCUCGACUUCAAGAGCCUGGCCGCCGUGGGACCCUCCCUGGAGCUGCUGGGGCAGGUGGGGCAGUGCCUGGACAGACCCGUGUGGCUGAACGGGGACAUCCUGCCGGGGCCCUGCGGGAGCUGCGCGCCGCUGGACGCCCGCGCCUUCCUGGGCGCUGUCACCUCCUCCUGCCCCGAUGCCACCCUGUCCCUGGGCUGGACCACGGGCUGCCACCGCGGGCAAGGCUACGAGUGGCCCGUGGUGCAGGAGAUGUGGCGGCUGUGCCAGGCGCUGUCCCAGCCGGUGACGUUUGCGGUCAGGGCUGCGCUGGUGCCCAGCUCCCUCCCGCAGCUGCAGUGGCUGCUGCAGCAGUGCCACAGGUACAGCCUCACUGUUUGGACAGGAAAGGCGGAUCUGUAUUCUGUAGAAGACUUGCUUCUCAUCCGAGAAAAUUUUGAUAAAAGUAGGGUUUAUUACGACAUUUUUGAGCCACAAAAUUCUGAAUUCAAAAAAGCCAUUGGCAUAGAAUAGUAGAUGCAAAGCAGGCAAUGCCUGACCUUAUAGUGCUUUACAUUGUAAACCCCUGUAAAUGUGAGGAUUUUUUUAUUCAAAGAAAUGCAGUUUCCUUGCCAGAAGGGCCGUGUUGAGCUCGCCUGUGCUUACUGGAGGAGUUUUGGUUUGGCACUGUGUAGAAAGGCCCCUCAAACAGAAAUGCAGUGCCUUUCCCAUUGUCCCCGCUCACGGCGUGGGACCCUGGUGCCACACUCCAGGAGGGGAGGAUGGCACUGCCAGCUGCUCUGCCCGUGCUCACUGUGCCCAGGCAGUGCCAGAGCAGUGCCAGCGAGCAGCCCUGGCUGGUGCUGUGCGCUGGGCUGGGUGUGGCAGCAGUGACAGCGCUGUCCCCAUCAGUGCAAAAUUCACACAGAUUGAGACACCGGCCCUGUGGGAUUGGCUUCUGCCAAACACCACAAAUGAUACCAGAAAAAACAAAGCUUUCUUCCACAAUCACAGAGGACACCUUAGCUUCUGAAUAACAGCUAAUGCCCUGAGAGGCAUUACUUUGGCAACUUCUUGUCCUCCUUUUCCCAUUCCUCUCACAAGGCUCCUGUGGAAUUUUGUUAAAUCAUCUGUUAACCUAACAGAUACUGUACAUGACAUUUUACAGGCUGUUAGUGCUAAAGUAAAUUACAGUAAUUUUUACUGCUCUCACAUGGCAUUGGUACAGCUGUGAUAGAAAAGUUAGUUGCAUUUCUUAAUCCUACAUUUUGAAUUAUCGUCUUCUCACAGUAAAAUUCAAGACUCCCUUUUGUAACCUACUAUUCCUUUGAGAGAUUUAUCUAAUAGUUGUUUUCUAUUAUUGAGGGGUAGAGCUUUCUUCAUUUUGGUCAUCUGCUAAGGUGUGCUUGGCCAAAAAUUAGGAAAAGAUUUUUCCACAUAAGGAAGAAAACUACCUGAUUAUACUUGCGAUAACUAAACAGAGUACGUGAUUUAAUUUAAUCACCCAUAAAGUGAGUGGCAGUAACCACCAAAGGGUCGGGCUUGGCUGUGUGAUUUCUACAGUGAGUUUAGAGAAGUGAGUCAUUCCUCAGUUGUGGUUUGUUGCAGGCGUUGCAUUCACUGAUUUGCAGGACUCCAUCUCUCAGUGGUGGGCCUCCUUGGGACCACAGGUGCACAUUGUUCUGCUGUUUAGAAAUCCUCCCACUGACCAGUUCCCACCUGAAGUACUGGGAUUUAUUAAAACUCAUUAAACUAUUAAGUAAAAACACCAGCAACUGACAGAAUUAUUUUUAAGUAUAUCUGAGCAAUAUCUGUGGGUGUCAGUAAACAGGAUAAUCAGAUAAAAUAAAGAAGACAUCAUCUGGAUUACCAGGAAAUGGCUAUGUGGUGAAUAUGAUUAUUCUGUAUGGAUUAUUCUAUAUAUAUGAAUUUCUGUAAGUAAUUUUACCUAUGUAUCUUUGCUAGUCCCCUGUGAAGUUGUUUAUGUCAGUCUAGUCUGACUUGCACAUAAAUAAAUUAAUUUGAUUUUGUU